AGGAGAGACAUAGAAUUGAAACGCAACCAGUUAGCAAGUUUGCGAGCUAAACUGCUCUUCAACGGAAAAACGGCGCUGCGAGAAAUAAUUUUUGGCAGGGGGAAGUAGUUUUCAUUUUAGUUUUAAUUGCCAUUAUUGCAACUAUAGCUACAGAGCUCAACUGAGAAAAUAAUUAUUGCACAAGUAUCUACGAGGGAUAAAAAUGGUUAUUAAAGUUUACAUAGCAUCCUCCUCAGGAUCUACGUCGAUUAAAAAGCAGCAGCAGGAUGUCAUGGGCUUCCUUGCGGCCAACAAGAUUGAGUUUGAGGAGUGCGACAUCGCGGCAAAUGAGGAGAACAGGAAGUGGAUGCGGGAGAACGUUCCGGAGAAUUCCAGGCCUGCCACGGGGAACCCUCUCCCCCCACAGAUCUUCAAUGAGGCACGGUACUGCGGGAAUUAUGAGGCUUUCUUCGAUGCCAGAGAAGACAAUGCCGUGUAUGCAUUCUUAGGCCUGACUGCUCCUCCGGGAUCAAAGGAAGCAGAGGCCCUAGCCAGAGCGGAGCAGCAGUAGCCAGGAAAUGCCUUUCUCAGUCCUUAGCACCCUCUCCUGUCAGCCUUUAGUACUGCAGCUUGACGAACAAGGAGCUGUGCUGGCCGGAGCAGCAUUCAGAAUAAGGAUCCAGGCACAGACGGAAACAUCCGCACCCUUUAUUUUAAUCCGCAGCUUUCUCCGAUAACUCCAAUCCGCUUUUGUCAGAUAUUAUUAAAUCACUAAUCCAGUGCUUGAUGAACCGUGUCAGAAUUUGAAGACAACAGUAGCUCCUCGUUACAAAGAGGUGGCAACACUUUUGUUUAAAACGAUUUGCUUGUUCUUCUGAGUCUUGCUUUUGUGCCACAAAUUUAAGUUUAAGUAUGAACAGGCUUCUCUGUCAAUAUAGAGAAAACCAUGUGCUGUAAAAAGUUUAGAGGAAUGUCAUUAACCAUUCCUGAACGUAUUACAAAUAAUACUACUUCUGCCAUAUAGUUUUCACAGAGAGUAUACUGUUCUGCACCGAAGCAAUGAGUGAGCAGCAUAUGAAGGGUACCGAUGCUAGAAGUCUGUAUACAGUCUUAAUAUGUCUUAACAUGCAUUUUUCGAGAAAGGAAUUACUGGUGCCUGAAGCAGCUACCAGUGGUCUAGCCACAAAGGGGAGUGGCCCAUUUUGGAUGCAGAGGGCAGAGUUUAGUGCAACCCUAAACCCUAAUCUCUAACCCUAAUCCUCAAUUUUUGAAGCGAGGCCACGCCCUGUUGGAACUAGGCCCCUCCCAUUUGGAGCAGCUUCAGGUGCCAGAAAUACAUACUUGCAUUUUCCUGUUCUUUUUUUGUAUUUGCACCUUUUUCUAUUAACAGGCAGAUUAAAGGAGAUAACCUUGCCAAAAAAUACUGUUAUUAAAGGAAGCAUAGUCAUGAAAUCAUGUUAUUUUGUUGCUGUACACAUUCUUGGUUUUGUAUCUUUUAGAAAAAAAUUACUUUGGUACGACGCCUAACGGAUUUGUAGUAAUAAACGAGUAAUGAUUGGAUCUACUUUAAUAUUCACAUCAAAGAGAAAUAAUAAGUUGAAUAUUAGGCAAUAAACCACAUGUCCUUAUCAAGCCAGUACCCCGUGUAAUGUUUUUGGUUAUUUUGGGGGUAAGUACAUAAAUGCUUGUGACUAUAAACUCAUUUGACGCUUCCACUCCUCUGCUUGUUGUUGAAAUAUUUUAUGAAUGUUUAUAAAGAAAUAAAUAUGAAAAACAUUUCUAAAAA